AUGAUGCUGUCCGGUGACGGCAGCCGCAAACGCACAGCGACACCUCGCUCUUUGAGCAUCAACAAACGUAAUAGCUACGGUACUGGUGUAUUCUGCGAGACCAAACACUUGGACACAGAGGCAUCAGAAGUACAAGACCACGACACGAAUGAGGUUAACGAUCGUCCACUGACGCGACAUGGACGACGUCGGAAGUGGGCUUCUAGUUUUGUCGUGGGCGUUGGAAUCGUCGUGCUCUUUGUCGUGACGUCGUUGUAUCAGACGAGACAGUCAAAAAACAUACAAACAGAUGUACAUGUUUCGAUACGUUACAAACUGUUGCACCAGCUGUUGGAACAGCUGCCAGAGCUCGUACCACUUGAGACAAGAAGGUCAGUCCAUGGAGAACUAAAUACCUCUCUAAUUGUAGCUCAAAAGCUCGUUAAUAAUGGUCCCAUUGCAUUCUACACACGUGCCUUUGACAAUUCGGUACCUGGUCCUUUAUUGGUGUUACAACCAGGAGAUGUUUUAAAUAUCCAUUUGAUAAACAAGUUAGGACCCAAUGGACCGGGAAAUUGGACUUUCAACACCAUGCAUGGACCGAAUAAUACGAAUUUACAUUUUCAUGGAAUGCAUGUGGAUCCAACAGGGACAGCAGACAAUGUGUUUCGUAUUGUAUCUCCUGGAAAAAGUGCCAAGACUCGGCUACAUGUUCCACAGAAUCAUCCACGAGGAUUAUUCCAUUACCAUCCACAUGUCCAUGGAUCAGUGUUUUUGCAAAUGAGUGGAGGGAUGGUCGGACCUAUUGUGGUGGAAGAUGACCCGGAUACACUACCACAACAAUUUGUAGCAAUCAAGCAACAACAUGUCGUGGUGUUGCAAGAAUUCAAGUUUAGCGGAGGUAUAUUGACAUCGUUAGUGGGGGCGGCUCAGGCAUCGCGCAGUACAUUGGACAUGCAGCUCACGUAUACUAACAAGACCAAGCUUGAAGCACAGGUGAGAACGUUGUAUCCGGAUGUACAGGAGAUGGAGCGCCCUAUUCGAAAUGCUAAAUUGUCAAAGGAACUGCUGGAAGAAAUGGACUCGUCCGGAGAGAAGCCGCAGAUCCCACCCAUUGCCCAAUACUUUUCCGUGAACGGACAAUAUCUGCCCAAGAUCAAAGUGCACCCACAUGAAAAUGUCCUUCUUCGUAUGCUGCAUGCUGGUGGUACGGCCUCUUUGGAAGUGCAAGUGCCGGGCUGUGUUAUCACAUUGGCCUCAAGUGACGGCCUUUAUCUGCCAAAACCUCGUCAAAUGAAAACUGUAAUACUUUCACCUGGAGCUCGAGUCGACCUCAUUCUGAACUGUGAGCCCAGCGCAGACGGCGGCAUGGAGAUGUUACGGCCAAUUCAAUCCGUUAAGAACCCAGAACUUCAUGAUUUUAUGGGCAACCACUCGGAUCUCUACUCUGGCGUAUUAGCGUUCGUCCAUGUGCAAGGCAAGUCACUCGCUGAACCUCUUAUCACAGCGGUACCGCCGCCUUCGGAACUUUACGGUCCAUCGAAAAGUUUGCUCGAUUUGUCGGCGGAGGAUCGUGCCAGUAUGGAUCCGCUGCCAUUCGCGUUUGAGUUCACGAUGGGUGAUGUAGUGAUGAAGGACGGCUUUUACUACAAGCCGUACUACAUUAACCAUGCGCUUUUUGAUGGCAGCAGUAUCCGUACUAUGACCCUUGGUCGCGUGCAGGAGUGGAUCAUCAUCAACAGGAGAGACGAGAGCGGUGAAGUGACGCUUAAAAACCAUCCGUUCCACUUGCACACGAAUGCUUUCCAAAUUGUAAAUAUGAGUCAUGGUCACGGCAUCGACUACGAGGUCGGUGACUGGCGCGACGUCAUCUCUGUGCCCACACCUGGAAACGUGACCAUUCGUUUUCGCCCGGAGGAUUACACGGGUAUUGUCGUUGCACACUGUCACGUUCUUGGCCACUCGGACGCAGGUAUGAUCGCCGGUGUGGAAAUGAUUGCUGGGGAUUGA